AUGGAAGUUGACGUCCACAGAAAUCCUUCCUUCCCUCCGUCACUAUUGCCGUCUUCUAUCCCGGCUCGUCGUUCCCCACUGUUUUCGGUCGGUCCUGAUGUAGACCUGGAUAGGCAGCACGAGACGGGUCAACGAAGCCCGCAGAUCUCGGGCUGGGAGAAUUUGCAACCCCUGCGCAAGACGACCACGGAUGGUACCGGCAUUGAGUCUCCAGAGGAGUCUCCCGUCAACCGCAGUCUGAUCUCGUCCUCUCUCAAUGAUGCGUCUGUUCUACAACACCAUUCAGUGGUCCCUUUAGACCAUCUGCCUGCGGAGACGCAGCAGGAAACGACGUCAUUUCCAAAGCUCGAACAGCCUUCACCGCACGCUGCGCCUGAACUAGGAAUUGGGCGCAGCUCGAGCCGUGGUCGUCGUGGCAGAGUAGAUCACUCGAUCGAGGCAAACCUGACUAACGCAGAGCCGACGUCUCAUGUGCGCAGCCAGCCAUUCGACCCAUCGCCCACGAAGAGUAGUCACGUUCUAGUGCCCAAGAGACAUAGCGUCUCUGAUGAGCAAGAAAUCAAUCAUGUGGAUAUAUCUCUUCGAUCUAAGAAUGAUAGUAGAAUUCUGCAUGGUGAUCUGCAAGACAGACAAGCUCCACAAUUAGAAGAGUUGAUUGAAAAGCCCCCGAGCGCCACCACCGAUCGCGGCAGUGAGUAUUCAACUUGCGAAUCGGAGUUUGGUUCGGCGGAUGAAAGUGGCAUGUCUACUCGCGACGAAGAGUCGAGUUUAACUGAUGAGGCUGAAAUGACACCGACUGCGACACCAACUCAACGUCAACGCCUUCCACGCCGUGGUCGCAAGCACAGUGCAGAUGCCCCUUUGGGCGCGGUAGAAUUGAAACCUUACCGGCAUCAGGUGGGUGGCCAUACGACCGUCUUCCGUUUCUCGAGGCGCGCCGUGUGUAAACAGCUCAACAACCGGGAGAAUGAAUUCUAUGAGCGCAUUGAACGCAGACACCCGGAGAUGCUCAUGUUCCUUCCAAGGUACAUCGGUGUGUUGAACGUAACCUUUUCUAAAAACCCGAAGCGUUCCAAGUUAACGUCAGAGGGGAAUACUGAGAUCUCAAAUGGCGAACAUGCCACGGGUGAGACAAAUGGCGCCCAGCAGACCAAUUCACUAACUACCGACGGUUCUCGUCCGUCUGAAACCGUGGAUCAGCCACGGAUUUUUAGUCAGAAACAAGUCACUGGAAUCAUUCCUAAGGUGAUCCUUGAAAAUAACCGGCACAUUAUCCCGGCCGACUUAUUUUCUCGCCCACAACGGCCAAAAACUGCGGACGGUAUAACAAUGAGCCGAGAGAGAUGCGCUCAUGGUGUUGCGGCGAUGCCUGGUGAACAAAGGUUGAAGAAUGGAUCUCUGGACGAUGCACUCACUUCUCCCAAAAAGCCCAAAAUUAGCUGGGGUGCCACGACGGUCAACCGCAAGCUGCAGGAGCAGGUUCUCCGAGAGGUCUUCAGUCCUCCGGCCAUUCACCAUCACCGGCGUCAUGCUCGAGGCCACAUCACGUUACCAAGGAUGUCCUCGGAUAGUGUUACACGCAGGAGGGCUAACUUGUCCGAGGAUCACACCGCUAGUAGCCGUCGCAAUGCAUCCGUACCCAAUGAACCACCACGGUCUGCUGCUAUAGACAUUACGAAGCAAAUAGGUGAAGGCCCCGGCUUAUCAUCGUCAGCAUCUACCGCUUUAGACUCGACCCAUAACCGCCUUCAACAAAUCCGAAUAGAAGAGCCCCAGCCACGCUCUAACUCUGUCUCGCGGUCUCGCCGGGUAAGGCGCCGCCAUUCCGGAAGUGGUUUGCAAAGACGACGGAGCAUGAGCCCGGGAAAGAAAGAAGGCGAACUAAUGUUCUUUGAAGAUGACGGGUAUGGCGGUGAUGGAGAGGACGAGAUAUUCUCCAUGGAAGCAGAUGCUCAAAUGGUGCCAUCCGCUCCUCAGAAUGUGAAACCACCCAACUUUGCAACCUUGAACCCCGAUAUAGCUGAUGCAGCACAAGCCGAGGAUGGCUCUGCUGCUGAUAUGCCUCCGAAAGAUUCCAUCCUUGUUCAACCGAAAGAGGACAACCGCUUCCUCCUUCCUUCCAAUCCCAAAGAGGCACAGACACGAAAGGAUGACCGUGUGCAGUUUUUCUUGCUGUUAGAAGAUCUCACUGCUGGCAUGAACAAACCUUGUGUUCUCGAUCUCAAAAUGGGAACACGCCAGUAUGGAAUCGAAGCUAAUGAGAAGAAAAAGAAAUCUCAAAGAAGGAAGUGCCAGUCAACAACCUCUCAGCAGCUAGGUGUCCGGCUCUGCGGCAUGCAAUCUUGGAAUGUGAAAAAGCAGGAAUAUACAUUCGAAGACAAGUACUUCGGCAGGGAUCUGAAAUCAGGGCGUGAAUUCCAGGACGCUCUCACCCGGUUCCUCUACGAUGGUGUCAGCUAUACCAGCGUGGCGAAGAAGAUCCCUGUCAUCCUUGAAAAAUUGUCUAAAUUGGAGAAUAUGAUUCGAAAGCUGAAACGGUAUCGGCUCUACGCUAGUAGUCUUUUGAUCCUUUAUGACGGCGAACAAUCUUCUCCUGAGAAGGUUUCACAGGCCGACAAGAGUGUUGACAACAAGAGAAUUCCAUUGCAACGCCGUACCUCUGACGAGGGACACAAUAACAUUGAUGUUCAGCUGAAGAUUGUCGACUUUGCAAACUGUGUCACUGGUGAAGAUGAGCUUUCCCCGGAUGCGCCUUGCCCCCCGCAUCAUCCGGAUGAUAUCGAUCGCGGUUAUCUGCGUGGUCUACGGUCCCUCAGAAUGUACUUUCAGCGUAUCUUGAGGGAGCUCACCCAGGAUGAAUAUAUUGAACGAGGAGAGGGCGAGACCAUUGCUCUAAGAUCCCAGGUGUCUGGCCAAGAGGAUUUGUCCGAUCGCUAUUGGGAUGAAGGGGUGAUGGAAAGCGAUCCAGGCGAAGUCAGCUAUUAG